AGUCGACGAGCACCACCGAAGAGGCAGGACCGAAGACGAAAUAAAAAAAAAAUCCCAGCUACACUGGCACACGGAAGGAAGCAUCACUGGAAAAUGUUGCACCAUCAUCAGCGCUGUGUUAUUGCCAUAAUAGUGAUUUAUUCGAUAGCCAAAUGGCUUGUGAAAUUUGUGCAGUAGUAGGAAAAGGACGUCCCAAGUACGGGGCCGAGGGCUCGGCGGAAAGAACCAGAACGGCUAACACCAUCAACCGCGCGACGAGAGCGCCGCCGCUGUAAACAUGGAAGCCGAAGCCAUAAUCGUCACCCGGAGGAUUUAUGACUAAUGACAAAACUAAUUAAAUAUAAUUGCUGCAAAAUUAACACGAAAAACAUAAAUCUAAUUGUACAAGCAAUUUAUCGGUCGUAAUAAUCAGAUUGAAGCAUGCUGGCCAUUUGCGAUGGCCGCGAAAACUGAGCAAUAAUUAGGGCCCGCAAUUUCAGCUCCCCACCCACGCGCAGAGCCCACAAUAAUGAAUAAUGCAACUGAUUUCUACUGGGAACUAUCGCAACUGAUUAGGCUAAGCAAUCUCACCUAUUACAAUGUUUCGGGUGGUGGUGGUGGUGAAAACACGGUGACACUGGAUGUGGUCAACUGCUGUACCACCGAGCCGAACUUCUCAAUGUACCUGGAGGCCCUGCCGAACGACAGGGCCGGACUGUUAGCAUUUCUGUUCCUGUUUUCCUUCGCGACGGUGUUCGGCAAUUCGCUCGUCAUUCUGGCAGUUAUUCGUGAACGGUACCUGCACACGGCGACUAACUACUUCGUGACCAGUUUGGCCGUUGCGGAUUGUCUCGUAGGACUAGUAGUGAUGCCAUUUUCCGCACUGUACGAGGUGUUGCAGAAUACCUGGUUCUUCGGUGAGGAUUGGUGUGAUAUUUGGCGUUCGCUGGACGUUCUCUUCAGUACCGCUUCCAUACUGAAUCUGUGCGUAAUAUCGCUGGACCGAUACUGGGCCAUCACGGAUCCGUUCUCCUAUCCGAUGAAGAUGACCCGACGAAAAGCGGCAGCCCUGAUAGCGGCGGUGUGGAUCUGUUCCAGUGCGAUCAGCUUUCCGGCGAUCGUCUGGUGGCGGGCAGCUCGGGAAGGUGACAUGCCUCCAUUCAAGUGCACAUUCACCGAACAUCUCGGCUAUCUGGUGUUUUCCUCUACUAUAUCGUUCUAUCUUCCACUGCUGGUGAUGGUGUUCACGUACUGUCGAAUCUACCGUGCCGCAGCAAUACAAACACGAUCGCUCAAACUGGGCACCAAACAGGUCCUGAUGGCCUCCGGUGAACUCCAGCUUACGUUAAGAAUACAUCGCGGUGGUACGACCAGGGAGCGGCCAAGCCAUCGGCGGGAGCACCAGCAGCAGCUCGAUCAGGACCACCAGCAGCACACGGCCACUUCCACACCGGAAGAACCGGACGAAGAGCCUCUGUCGGCGCUGCAGAAUAAUGGGUUGGGUGCUCGCCAUCGAACUCACAUGGGUAAAAACUUUUCCCUUUCGCGUAAGCUGGCAAAAUUUGCGAAGGAAAAGAAAGCUGCCAAAACGCUCGGUAUCGUGAUGGGGGUGUUCAUCGUGUGCUGGCUGCCGUUCUUCGUGGUGAAUCUGCUGUCCGGGUUCUGCAUACAGUGCAUCGCCCACGAGGAGAUUGUGUCCGCGGUGGUCACCUGGCUCGGGUGGAUCAACUCCAGCAUGAACCCGGUGAUCUACGCCUGUUGGAGCAGGGAUUUUCGGAGGUGA